CAUAAAGUAAGGAACGAAAGGUUCGAGGACACAGGUCAACGCCGGACAAAUUGCGGACAAAAAUGCCGGAGAGAAUUUUGUUGGAAAUGAAGACGAAAUUGUUUGGACGGCAAAAUAAGGUACGGACAGUGGCUCGGUUUCUUAUUUUGAAAGCGUUCGUUUCUAAACAGUUUGCACUUCACCCAAAAAGCGUUCCCUGGUUCCGUAUUCUUAGUCUUCGUCACAACAAGAGACACAGAAAUAUUGUCCGGAUCAUUCAACUUGGGUUUUUUGACGGUAGUAGAGUAUACUCUCGACAAGAAACUCCUCAACGUUGCACCUAUGGUUGUUCCGAGAGCUCAGUCGUGAAACCCAUCGACAACCUUGCAACGCAUUCUUGUUCAUCGGAAACGGUGAAAGAAUACUCGUGCAACUCCUUGAUUCAAAACUUAAAGGUAUUCUUUCAGCGGCCUGGAUUCGAGCAGAAGGUCAACCAAUGGCGAACUCGUAAUGUGCAAACCAGCGAAUGCCUUUCCGAUGUUUAUGAUGGCGCCAUGACGAGCAUUCCAGAUCCCAAUGAUGCUAGCCCUCCUUUUGUUGCGCAUGAGCGAACACUGCUGCUUACUAGUAUUCAGGAUGUGAUUUACAAAAUCGCUAAUAAUUCACCGACAAUAAUCUGCCACGCAAUGAACGAUUCAAGAAGGAAAACGUCAUCCUUGUUGGUGUUAUGCCUGGUUUUUGAGCCGAGUACAGAUGUAAUCAACAGUUACUUACAGCCGUUGGUCAAUGAACUGAAGAAGUUAUAUACUGAUAUGCCCACGAAGACCUAUCGGAGCCCGGAAACUGUGGUGAGGGCAGCACUACUGAUGAGUGCGUGUGAUAUCUCCGCUGCUCGCAAGUGGAUGGAUUCUCAGCGCAACCAGUAUCCGUGCUUGCUACAAGUGCAACAGGUCGUGUCCUCGCAUUUUCGCCGCCUUUGAGCAGUUUUAUUGCUCAAAGCCAACCUGCAACCGAAAAUUACGAGAGAUGCCUGGCACAGUCUUGUUUCGCGCUUUUUGGUCAAGAGUCAGUCUCCCUCUACGCUUGUCGAGUUGCCCGAGUUCCGUGAACUGAUUGCCACGACUAAUCAGUGCGCAACGAUACGAUUACCGAGCCAGUCAGCGUCGACACCGCCAAGAGAGAUAUUGCGGCACUUUACCGAGAGAAAAAGAUCGAGAAUGGGGGGCCCAGAUUUCUUCUCAGUCAUGGCCCACU